AUGAACGAUAGUGACAGAGACCACGACGAUAACAGCGAUGAGAACACCGAGUUCCUCGAGGCAGAUGCCCAGUUAGAGGCAACAUCGGUCAGCAUCGGUCUCAACAUAUCCGCAGGAAAGAACAACGAGUUCCAUACGCGCAAUGACCCAGCAGCACCCUUCCAACGAUCGACAAUUACUGAGCGGCAAGGAAUAACUCAAGUCCAGUGUUUUUCACGCGAAAUCAUCCAUGGCUACUUGUCGCAUGAUGGAAACAACGCGACCUUGCUCGUUUAUGAUCUUCAUCUCGACACAACUAAGAAAUCCCGGCGUAUCCGUGAAGCUCAAGUCAAGUUCGAGUUCAAGAGCAGCAGUCCAGGGAACGCGGCUCCUCGGGUAGCAAAAAUGGCACCCCAUGGAAGUGUCUCUUUGUUAGCAACAUCUGCCGAAGAGUCCAAAACCACCGGCUAUGGACUAUCAGCUGGAGCUAGUCAGUUCGUCAGCGUCGAGAGCUCGGCAAAAUGGGAGAAGACGGUCAGCCAAACAAGAAACGACGCUGCUAGAGUAUCUGGCGGUUUUCUCUGCAAUGACUACGGCAAGCAAGUGGGUGCUCAGUGGAUCCUUUUCGAGAACAAGUUAGUAGCUUCGGGCACACCGAGAUUUAUGCGCUUUGCGAUUCUGCUUGACAGGGAAAGUGACGAGGAGGAGGAAUUUGAGUGCAAAGUCAAUAUCGCUGCUAGCGGGGAUUGGAAAACAGAAGUGGCAGGAUUGGUUGGGUCUACGCCUCGUGAUGAUCCUAUCCUGUUUGAUCCGACUCUGCCGCCAACGAACAAGCUUCGCAAGGCUUACGAUAUUGAGAAUUUAGGAUCUUUAGACUUGGAUGAGUUUGUGGAGAUCGAGUUUGAUAAGCCUCUCUAG